AUGGUUAGCGAAUCAGAAUUAGAGGUAGAACUUGACUAUUUUCAAAUUCCAUCAAGUGUAAACUGUUUCGACUAUGACCUGGCUCACGAAAAGGGUGCAAAGUUUUUAAACAAAUUUAUUGGUUUAAUCGAAUCAAUAAUUUUUGCAAAUAUUGGAAUUCUUGAAGAAACAAUACAAAUCCGGUUUUAUGAAGAUGAAUCGGAUGAGAGAAUUUGUACAAAUUUCGAAAUUUUGGAUGAUAUAACUAAAGCAGAGUUCGUUCGAUUCGAGAAUUAUUUUGGACACAAAAUUCUAAGGAAAUUUGGAAAGCAAAUAGUAAACCACCUUGAACCCGUGUUCCUGGUGAUGUUAAAUUCAUGUAAGGCUGGUAAUCGAUACACCACAAUAUAUGUGAAUUCUUGCGUAGACUUCGAUCAAAUUGCUAGAUUAUCACGCAUGACUACGAAUAAGACAAAAUAG